AUGCGAAAUCAGGAAAUAUUAAUUCUCAGAGAACCGGACGGGUCAAGAUCAAGUUUGACAAACGCUAGCUUGUAUCAACAAGCCGAACACCUGGCAAGAUAUCUGGUGACACAGGGAGUCAAGCGAGGUGACACAGUAGGCCUGGUAGGUCCGAAUUCUCUAGAGAAGGCUAUUGGAUCAUUGGGAAUAAUGUUAGCUGGAGCUGUUGUAUGGAAUGUCACCAUUAAUAUGAAAACAGCGCAAGAUGUCAAAACCCAAAUUCAACUUCUACAGGCAAAAGUCAUGUUGGUGGAUUGUGGCAAAGAUAACUGUUUCCUUCCCCCUGUCAAAGCUAUGCUGGAUCACUGCACUGUUCAAAGAGAAAACGGGAGAGGGGAAACCGAUAUUAAAGUUAUAUUUCUUAGAAAAACAGACUCAUGCGAUGUUAAAAUGUCAGAAACUUUGGAAAAUAUCAAAUCGCGUCCCCUGGAUAAAGUGGAUCUCCCAGAUAUUUAUCCUGAAGACAAAGUGAAUCUUUUCUCCACAUCGGGAAGCACUGGAAAGUCAAAAAUGGUCUGUCAUUCUCACUUCAGCUCUAUCAACUGUCCCCCAGCCAAUAGUCCGCGUACGACGAAUUAUCAGAGUAAUAAUUUAAGUGAAAAAAUAUUCGGAUGGAUGUCAGAAAGUCUUAUAGGUGUUAUCGUUAAAGGAAAUCCCUGGGUAAUGUUAGGAUCAGCUGUAGAAAUGAAUAGCGAGAAUGCUGGUUUUGUUUGGCAGGUUGUAAAAGAAGAAGAUUGCACAGAUGCAUGGCUCCAGCCCCUUUUAAUCCAUGAUUUGUUGGAGCUACCCCAGUCUGUAACGGAGGAUGGGUUUAGACUUCGGAAUAUUGUCGUAACUGGUCAGAUGAUCGACAACUUCUAUACGGGAGUCGUAGGACGAUUUUGUCAGAAAAUGAUGGUUAUAUAUGGUACUACUGAAUGUAUACGAAUGUCUGUAAAAGGUCCUAUUGAUGGUAGUGAACCUCUACAAGCAGGAGACGUUGGCAGGCCCAUUCCGGGAGUGGAGAUCAGAAUCGUAGACGACCACCUAGAUAUUCCCAAAGAAAGAGGAACGAUAGGCAAAAUUCAAGUCCGCUCACCAUAUGCAAUGAAAGAGUACGCUGGUAAUCCGCAGCUUACAAAGCAGGUUUUCACAGAAAGUAAAUGGUAUAGAACAGGCGACCUCGGUAAAAUAUCACCUGAAGGAAAUAUCAUAAUCAUGGGGCGUGAAAAUGAUGUCAUAUCAAGAGGCUGUAAAAAUAUAUACCCUGGAAUGUUGGAGUCUCUUUUAAGGGAGAUGACGUCGAUCAAAGACGUUUGUGUGGUACCUGUACCUGAUAAAAGACUACUUGAAGAAGUUUGUGUGUGUUUUGUGCCGUCCGGGCAGGUUACCCCAGAAGACGUGAAAAGAUUCUUUGAACAGAAACUUUUUAAGGAGCACACUCAGAACAGUCUUGGCGAAAUGCCGACAUACUUUUUGCAAUUUGAAUCGUUUCCCAAAGUAAGACUCGGAAAACCUGUAAGAAAAAGAAUAAGUCUUGAAGCUGCUGCAAGAUUGGGUCUGACUGAAACAACUACUUAUACGGACAACUAA